GGGGUGACGUUGGAUAUUAAAGCGAUUGCCUUCAAUAUUUCCCGACGUCUUUAACGACUCGCCACCUGAAACUACACCAACUUUAUCCUAAUAUCCUCAUAUAACAUGUCCCUCCUACGAACUGCAUCUGUCCUCCCACGCAUGGCACCAACCAUGACCAUGCUCGGUCGAGGAGCAGGGAUGAUGGCCAGACGUGGCAUGCAUGUUGAGAACGUUGUGGGUCACAAUACCCCGUUCGUAUAUACCAACAAACGAGCCUUCACGAUUGGGUAUUUUGGCCUCAUAGGCACACUAUUCUCAGCGCCGUUCCUCGUCGUGAAGUACCAGUUGUUUAAAAGCGGGCACUGAACUGAAUUCACGCGCUCAUCCCCCUCCGACUACGAACAAUCAUCAUGAAACCAAAGUUGAUCCCGACACACAGCCCCUCCCACUGUCGCGUGCAGAGUUUCUGAUUACUGAUUUCUAUUAAUUUAUAUUCUACUUGAUUUUUCUCCCCUUUCCUUUCACCUGGACUUUUCGUACUAUCCUUGUUUCUUUACCUGGAAACUCUUCCAAUUCUGUUCCAAUCUCCAUACACGAACUCGUUGUUUGAAUUUUGUUAUGUGAGCUUAACACUAAGAUUUAUAAUCUAUAUUUGUUGUCUUGUAUACUCA